UAGAUAUAAGACUCCGUACGUGCUACUCCCUCUCGCCAUUCCCUAGUAUAGGCAUAUUAUAUCGGCUUCGAAAGUUGAUUCCAAUAAUAUUUAUGUCUUAGUUGUCAUUCCUCCUUGAUCCUUGGCGGUCAGGACCGUACCUGUACUAGUGUGGCGCUGUCAAUAUGAGACUUUCCUACUGGAGGAUCAUUGAGCAUUGUGGGACUCUUCGCUGAUAGUCACGUAGCUGUUGGCUCUCGAUAUACUUGCAACACUCCUCUCCCACUUCUCGAGGGAAAUAGGGCUAUAGGGGAAAUCUUCAAUGCAGUUUUUGUGUACACCGAGAUAAUACAAUCGUUCAGCUCGACGGCCUAUUUUCAACAUGGACGCCAUGGACACCUCGGCCACCACUACAAGUCUCGAAUCCCCCGCCGGCACCGCAUCCCUUCGUCGAGCCGAUGGCGCAACAGGUUCUAAUGCUGCUGCUGCUGCUGCUGUGCCAGCUACGAGCGAACCCAAAGAUAAAGAGAAGUCGACAUAUGCUUUUAGAAAAUACAGGCAUAUUACGGCCGUCCAUUCGCAAUCGAGACCUUCGACCUUAAGCCACGAUACUAGUGCCCCUCCUAGCUUUAUAGGGUUUCGCAAUUUGAUGGUCAUUGUCCUAGUGGUGGGAAAUUUGCGCUUGGUGAUAGAAAAUAUGCAAAAGUAUGGCAAUUUGAUAUGCUUAGGGUGUCACGACUUCGGACAAAAAGACGUCAUAGUCGGCUUUCUGCUCUAUAUUCUAGUACCCUGUCACCUCUUCAUCGCCUACUCGUUCGAAUGGUAUGCCGCCAAGCAAGCGCGGAUAUCGCGGGCUCAAUCUCUACACAAGGGAGGAUCAUCGAGCCCAACCGAGGACCAGCAGGCCAAGUUCGAAUCGACUUGGAGGCGUAUCCGGAAAGCUCACCUGUUCAAUGCGACUUUGGCCCUGGCCGUACAUAGCUGGGUCGUGUAUUUCCAUAUCUACCACCCUCUCAUCGGCACCAUAACGGAACUCCAUGUCAUCAUUGUCUACAUGAAGGUUAUUUCCUACGCGUUGACAAACAGGGACCUGCGCCAUGCAUAUCUUCACCCCGUUAAAGGCGAGCUGGCCGUCAUCCCUGACCUGUAUGCUCAGUGCCCGUAUCCACAAAAUAUCACUAUGAGUAAUAUAACAUAUUUCUGGUGGGCGCCAACGCUGGUUUAUCAGCCAAUAUAUCCUCGAUCGGGACCUACUAGAUGGUUGUUCGUCCUUAAGCGGCUCGGCGAGGUGGUUUGCUUGAGCGUAUUCAUAUGGUAUUGCAGCGCCCAAUACGCGGCCCCGGUCUUAUGGAACUCCCUGGACAAAAUAGACCAUCUGGAUUUAGUGUCGAUUGUUGAGCGGCUCUUGAAGCUAUCCACGAUAUCGCUCAUCAUAUGGCUAGCCGGAUUCUUUGCUUUGUUUCAGUCUGCUCUCAACGCUUUGGCCGAAAUCAUGCGCUUUGGUGAUCGCUCAUUUUAUGACGCCUGGUGGAAUUCGGCUGGGUUAGGCGAAUAUUGGCGACUGUGGAACAAGCCAGUGUACCAAUUUAUGAAGAGGCACAUUUUCUCGCCCCUAAUAAGUAGGGGCUGGAGCAUGCCGUCGGCUAGUAUUGCUGUAUUUUUCGUCUCAGCUGUGCUGCAUGAAUUACUCGUCGGAAUCCCGACCAAGAAUGUAAUUGGCGUUGCAUUCUUGGGCAUGCUUGUUCAGAUUCCCCUGAUCUGGUUCACACGCUUCUUCGAGAAGAUGCCGGGUCCCCACGGCCAUCUCAUCGGCAACUCCAUUUUCUGGGUCUCCUUCACCGUCCUCGGCCAGCCCUUUGCUGCUCUCGUUUACUUCUACGCAUGGCAGGCCAAGUAUGGCUCCGUUGCGAAGACGAUGGCUAUUAAUCAAGCACGCACCGCAGCGCUGAGCUAGUGCCCAGCUGCCCCGGAAGACUUGGUGUUUGGAUAUGGGAAAAUGGGAUAAAAGGAGGUUGGAUGUGGUGUUUUUUCCUUUUGGAU